AUGGAUGAUUCCAACAAAAAAAAGUUUGAUGACAAUAUAGAAACUACAAGUACAACUUUUGAUAUUAUAGAUCCUCAAAACACCACCAAUACUACUAGUAGUACACUAAAGAAUAAAAGAUUUAGAAAAUUAUUAUUCCUAAGUACAAUUAUAUUACUUGCAUUAUUACUAAUCACAACAACAGGCAAGGGCAAAUAUAAUAGCACUUCAGCUUAUCUAGACAAAUUAUUUAAAUUUAAUAGCAAAAACUAUUAUAUUAAAAAUGUUAAAACAAAGUAUGCCUUAUCAACAACACCAUAUACACCGAAGGACGUUUCUCACUAUGCUUUAACCCCAGAAGCAUAUUCAAGGGAAAAGUUCCACAAAUAUCACAUGAAGGGAUAUAUUACUGAUUUACAAGAAGGCCCUAUAGACAAUGUUUUUUUUGGGUUGAAUGUAGACUCGGAUUACAACCUGAUUGAUAAAUAUUGUAAGCAAUAUGAAUAUUCAGAUAAAAUAGAAUAUUCUUUCCCAAAUGAUGUUAAUAAAAAAAAUGAUGACGAUGAUUUCCUUGAAGCCAGAAGAGAUAUUAUUGAGCAUUGGCCCAAAUACCAAAAAUACUUUGUAGAUGAAGCAAAAGAAGUUUCUAUGAGUGAAUUAGAUAUUGUCCAGCAAAAGUGGUUCAAAUUUGGUACUUCUGCUGUGUGGUUAUCAGAUGAACAGUGCUAUUUAAGUGUGACUAGAUAUAUGUAUGCUCCUGAAGGAAAUCUGAAAAGAGUUAAAAUUAGUUUGGGUAGAUUACAACUAUUUGACAAGAAUUGGAACGAAAUCAAGGGUAGAAGAUUGUAUUACAAGGAUUUAUUGAUGUCUACUGAUGAUGGUUUUGCCAAUAUCUUUAAAGAGUCAGAUAACAAAAUUGAAUCUAUUGUAGAACAGAGCUUGAAGGAAAUAGAUGCUGAAUUGGGUAUUAAAGAAUGUACCCAGCAAGAAUCUGCCCCUAUAGAGUAUGAUAAUUGUAUUGAUGAAAUGAAUAAGUUGAGGUUAAUUUCUCAAAAGAGGAAGGAAGAUUUUUUGAAUAAAUAUAGUGUCAAGUUCCCUACCUUUAUGGAUAUAGAAUUGGGAUCUGACAGCGGGUUAUAUUUGGGUAGCGAGGAUCCAAGGAUUGUUCUUAAACAACAGCCUGUUAAGGAACCUUAUAUUAUUUUUAAUAUGGUACAAAAAGAUGGUAAUAGAUAUAUCCAUGGAUAUUACCCCUUAAGAAAAUUUGAUAAACAAGUGACUUUCACCAUAGGGGGGAGGUCUCCUAAUAGAAUGGAAAAAAAUUGGACACCAUUUUUCCAUUUGGAAGAUGAGACUAAAUCCAAUACUAUGUAUAAAGGCUUUAUUAGAUUUGUUUAUUCUUAUAGACCAUUGCAAAUCUUAAAGUGUUCCUUGUUGGAUGGGGAUUGUCAGCUUGUUUAUGAUGGUAAUUUGUUAUUGAAUGUAGAUGACAAUAAUGUAGAGCAUUAUGAAAAGAAUGAUUUUAACAAACUUGAUAGUAUGAGGGGUGGGUCUCAACUAAUCAAUCUUAAUAGUAUAUUACCUAUUAAGGUGGAAUACAAGAAUUUAUGGGCUGGCUUUGCCAAAUUACAUUUAAAAGAUUGUGGGUGUGGUGAAAGGUACUACAGACCUGUUUUAAUAGUAAUGAGCGAGCACAACGGUAUUUAUAAUGAAGAGAUGAUAGUUCCAGUUGUUGAUUUUGAUAUGGAUGUUUUAGGUUGGGAUAGAAAAACCACUAAAUGCGGUGGGUAUAAUGUUUUAAAUCCAAACUCGAUAACUUCAUGGGAAAUUCAACAAGAUGGCGAGGAUAUUUUACAAUUAUUGAUUAGUGAGGCUGACUUUAUUAGCAGAAGAAUCAUCCUUAAGAAUGUUUUGAAGUAUAUUAUGAGUGCUUAUUCCAGACAUUUGAUUAGAGAAGAUUAUCAAAUAGAUGGUACCAGUAAACAAUUAUUACAGCAAUCUUUGUAUUGUAUUAUCAGAGAGGGUAAAAGUAAAUGUAAGAGUUACGGUGAAAGUCAUAAAGAUUAA